AUGGUCAGUUGUCAUAGGGGUCAGCGGUGGCUCUGUCGAGCGGGCGAGUGUGGCAAGCGCGACUCGGGCGGCACCAAGAAUAAGCUCAGUCGUUCCCAGUGCCGAAAGUGUGGCGCCGAACCCGAACAGCCGUCGAGCGAGGCACCGCUGGAGGGCGGUGCACUCGCGCUGACCCCGGACUGGAGCCGCGUUGAGGACAUCGACCUUGACGAGGACGAAUCAGUGGCGGGGGGCGGAGAGGUGCCCCAAACUGGCGAUGGCGAAGGCGGAAAGCCCGCCGUAGGGCAGCAGCAAGUGCCGCUGGCUCGUCGCCAGAGUGCGGGCAAUCACUGUCAACGGUGGUCGAAGGAUGAGGAGGCGAAGCUGCGCGCGAUCGUAGAGAGCGGCACGGCGGCCAGGCCGAGCUGGAAGGAGGUGGCCUCCCAGCUGGGCACGGGCCGCACGUCUCAGGCUGUCUGCCAGCACUGGGAGAUCCAGCGGCAGCGGGGCUGCGCCUCGGCCGCGUCUACCAGUAUGGCGGCCGCGCCCGCGGCGGGUGCUCUGGUGGAGGAUAUCGACGUGCCGGCAUCGACGUCGCGGGUGCCGGAGCCAGCUCCUGCGGUUGCGACCGAGGCGGAGGGCUGGCAGCUGCACCUCUCGAGCGGCAGUAGCACCGGCUACAAGAACGUCGGGCAGACAGGCUCUGGCCGCUUCUUCGCGCGGGAUAGGGUGAACGGAAGGCAGGUCCACUUGGGCACCUUCGACACGGCGAUCGCGGGGGCGGUGGCCUACGCACGGGCCGUCGCCGGAGCACCCUCCCCCCUCGCAUCCACCAUGAUGCAGCCCGCUGCGGCGUCCGUUGAUGAUCUACGAACGAUCUUUGGCGAGGCCGCCUAUCCCGCCGCAGUUGUGCCGCUUGCCGCUGCUGUCGUCAGCCACCUCGCAACAGGGUUCGCGGUCCCUGUGGAGGGCCCCGUAGCCGGCGUGCCGUGUGCGGAGGCUCCUCUGCUGAUGACCCAGCUGACUGCGCAGACGCUCCAGCCGGCGUCAGCGCCGUUGCCGACGGAGGCGCCGGGGACAGCUGAGAGGGCGCGGGCGGUGGUGCACACGGCGGGCGCUGACCGAGCCGCCCCGGCGGCGCCCUCGCUGAGCCAGCUCCGCGCGGUCUUUGGCGAGGCGGCCUUCCCAGCGGUGGUUGCGCCGCCCGAGUUUACGCUCGCGAUGAAGGACGAGCUGCUCGAGCUGUACGACCAGCGCGACGCGAGCGGCGAGCUGCACGGCGAGGCGCAGCGCCGCUUUGAGCAGCUCAGGGUCCUCAAGGCGGCGGCCGGCUGCGGGAAGAGGAAGGAGCUGCUGCCUGGUCGCAUGCGGCUGCUAGACGCCGACAACAGCAUGCCCGCUGGCGGCGGCGUUGCUAGCGGCAAGAAGGCGCGGCUUCACCCGGUCGCCGAGAGCGCUCCGCCACCGCUAAUGCACGCUGCGAGCACUCUUGGAGGGCAGCAGCAGCUGGGGGAGUGGCCCCGCCCGGCGGCGAACCAGGGAGCGCCGAAACCGGAACAGCCGGGGGGCGGGCGCACCAGGGAGCGCAAGGCCUCAUCGCAGCCGCGCUGGAAUGCAGCAGAGGAGGAGCUCCUCGUAGCCCUCGUCAGGAGCCGGACCAGCGAUUGGUUUGAGAUUGCAACCCGGCUGGGCACUGGCCGCUCCGCUGCCGCCGUGCAGCAGCACCAUGGGAUUCUCUGCGGGACUCGGUGGCCUGGCAAGGCGCGGCUGGCACGGGCAAGCGAGGCGGUGCAGCGGCAUGCGAUGAACCCGCCGAUCGGGCUCGCCGCCUUCGCCAUCCCGUACUCGGAGGCCGACAAGGCGCAGCACCCACCGCAGCCAGUUGCGGCGGUGGACUGCCAGCCGCCGCAUGCCGUCUGUUGCUACCCGACGACGCACGCUAUAAUCGCGCCGCUGCUCGGGCCGGGCGCUCAGGUGGCGUUGCCACCCGACGGCGACGACGAGGCGGAGCCGGCGGCGAGCGUGGCGCCGGCGGUUUCGUCGGGCCCUCCUCGCCCGCGGGGGAGGAUCAGCGAUGUGCUCGACGCGCGCCGGAGCGAGGGUGGUGGUCACGAGCUGCUGGUCUUGCGCGAGCAGGGGGAAGGGCGCAGCUUCCGUGGCCCAAAGGCCGACGAGUGGGUGGGAGAGAGCGAGCUGCCGGCGGCACUGCUCACGAGGGCGAAGGAACUCGUGGCGCAGCGCGAGGCGGAGCGGUCGGCAUCGCGGGGGUCGGACAGCGAGGAGGAGGCGGAGGAGGAGGAGUGUGGUGGCGGCGGUGGCGGCAAGGGCGGCGGCAAGGGCGGCAGCAAGGGCGGCGGCAAGGGCGGCGGCAGCAGCGCAGGCAAGGGCGGCGGCGGCGGCAAGGGCGGCGGCGGCAGCGUCAUCGGUGGCGCGGGCGGCAAGGUGUUGUCCGGCCAGCGUCGCGGGCGCAAGCGUGGCGAGGGCGAGACGACGCGUUGCACUUGGGUGGCUUGCGACAGGUGCGACAAGUGGCGGAGGCUGCCCCCCGACGUGUCCAAGAAGCUGCCCGCCGUGUGGUACUGCUCGAUGCACCCCGACCCGGCUCGGCGGCGGUGCGCGGCGCCGGAGGAGGAGGCGAGCGAGGGGGAGGUGGAGGAGCGUACGCAGCGCGUUCGGCCAAAGCUGUGGCGGGAGCCGGCGGCCAAGGUAGCGCGGCCCGCGACGCAGGCAGUGGCGAGCAGCGCCACAGAGGCGGCGGGGUCGGCGAGUCGCGUCGCGACGUCGGCGCUCGCCCUGGGGGUGCGUGUGCGGGUGCUGUGGGAGGGAGACGAGUGGUUCGCCGGCGUCUACAAGGGCCGCUCCUCCGCGCGCGGCCACUGCAUCAAGUACCACAACCUUGACGACCCAGCCGAGACGUGGGAGCUGGAGCGCCCCGGCGGCCGCAGCCAAAGCAGCGGCAAGAGCGGCGGCAGCAGCAAGAGCCGCAGCGGCACUGGCCCAAGCGGCGGCGGUGCCGGCGGUGGCGAUCAGUCUCGGUCGAACCUCUACCUCACGGGAGACCAGGACGGCCUAGCGCCGCGUGCGCACACGGCCGCAGAGGAACGCAUGGGCAGGGUGCAGCGGCUGCUCGAGGGCUUCGGGCUGUCUGCGUACGCCGCCGCAUUCGAGUCUGAAGGAUACGAUGACCUCUCGUUUCUCCUCGGCAUGAGCGGUGAUGAGCGGAUCGGCGUGGCGUGGGCGGUCGGCAUGUCCGAGGAGCACGCGCAGGUUUUCGUGCGGGAGAUGGGCUCGCUCUCCGAGCAUGAGUGA